AUGUCGCCGCUCGCCGACCCCGAGAAUCCCCCGCCACCCCCCUGCCCCUGCCGGUGCCUCUGCCCGGACCGGGACCGGAACCGGGACCAGAACCGGGACCAGAACUGGGACUGGGACCAGCACCAGCAACAGAACUGGGACCAAAUCCGGGACCAGAACCGGGGCUGGGACCGGAACUGGGCCCAGCACCAGCCCCAGAACUGGGACCAGAAUCGGGACUGGGACCAGCACCAGCAACAGAACUGGGACCAGAAUCGGGAUGAAAACCGGGACCAGCACCGGGACUGGGAGCAGCACCAUCACUGGGAGCAGCACCAUCACCAGAACCGGGACCAGAACCGGGCCCGGUGCCGCCGCCUGGCCCUGGCCCUCGCCGCCCUCGCCGCCGCCGCCGCGCUCGGAGCCGCCGCUGCCGCCGCCGUGCUGGUGACGCUCCGGGAGCGGCCCCCGGUGAAGGCUGCCACCGCCGCCCACGUCCUGCUCAGUGCCGGCUCGCUGUCCCUGCCAUCAUCCCCGGGCUGGCGUUACGACGACGGCGUCCAGGGCGUCUUCCUGAGUGGUGACAUCCGGCCGGACACCGCGGGGACACUGCGUGUGACGUCCGGCGGCCUCUACCUCCUCUACGGCCAGCUGGGUGUCACCUGCACGGCGGCCACCUGUCCCCAAGGCCGUGUCACCCUGCGGCUGCGCCGCGCCGCGUCCCCGAGGCCGCUGCUGGCCGUGCCCCUGACCCUGCCGGCCGCGCCCGGCGGCCACUGCCAGCGGUCAGCGCUGGCCCAAGCCGUGGGACAGUUGUGGCCGGGGGACGUCCUGAGCCUGGAGCUGGUCGGGGACACCGUUGGGGACAACGGAGGGGACACGGGCGGGUGGCAGCUGGAGCAGGACGAGCGCGAGGGGAACUUUGUGGGGUUGCUGCGCAUCGCGGGCGGUGACGCCGGGUGA